GACCCAAAAAAAACGUCCCUCUUCCGAGAAGCUUCUGAAGCACCCGUUUUUUAGACAUGCAAAAACCACUGAUUAUCUAGAGCGUUCCAUACUUGAUGGUCUUUCUCCGUUAGGUGAUCGUUUUAGGAUGCUAAAGGCCAAAGAAGUAGAUCUUCUUGUACAGAACAAAGAAUUAUACGGAGAUAAGGAACAAUUAUCACAGCAAGAGUAUAUAAAAGGAAUUAGUGCCUGGAAUUUUAACUUGGAGGACAUAAAGAAUCAAGCUGCACUUAUCAAGGAAUAUGACGAAAUUUCAAAUCUAGAAGAACCAAAAACUUCAAACCAACAAAAUGGGAUCAAUGAUAAUUAUUCAGAUGCUAAAUCUCAAGAUACAGCUGAUGAAAUUGUUAACUUGGAGAGUUCAUUUGCAUCGUUUCCUACUCCGUCUCUUCAAGCACUUAAGGGAUGUUUUGAUAUUUGUGAAGAUGAUGUGGCAACUGUCAGCCCAACUGAACAACCCCCUGUACAGCUGUCAAUGAAAGCUAGCGACCAAGAAACCGAUAAAGACAACGACAUUAAGCACCUUGGACGAAUUAAAUCUUUACAAAAAACAAGUAUCCCCGGACCAAGAAAAUAUAUGAGCGGUUCACUGCUACCGGAUAAUGUUAGUUCUCCUAAAAAGUUAAUGAGCAACGGUGAAAGCGACCUUCACCAACUGAAGUUUCAAGUGGAACGUAGUAGCAGUGGCCCAAUACAACAUAUUCAGAGGAAUAGUUUGACCAACUCUUUGUCAGGUGCAUGGGUGAAUAUCUUCCCACUUAGGAGGAGAUGCUUGAAUCACAGGUUAGCAUAAAUCUCCUAUAUUCACUGGUCA